GUCACAUCCUAUAAUUGCAUUAUUCAGCUACAUCAGCCUGAGAUAAUCCUGUUAGUGGUUUGUUCAACACCUCCUCACUAGGACUGUUCCUUCCUCUGUUAACACUCACACUCCUCAUAUGCCGCAUGCACAGCAAUCAAUUCUUAUUAUAAAAGAUAGAUCGUCAUGUCACUAGUCCUAGUCUAGUUGUGAUUUUCUUGUCUCUAUGUCUUUGCUCAACUUAUUGUUAGUCAUUUUAAGUACCAGUACUAUAUUAACCUGUUAUGCUUCCCGGUUGGCUAUCCAAGUUAAUGGAGGUGAGAAUGAAGCAAGAGCUAUAGCAUUCAAGUAUGGAUAUACAUUUGAAGGACAAAUAGGGGAACUAGAGGGUGUGUAUCAAUUCAACUCUGGGAAUAGAAAAAUGAAGGGCUUAGUUGGGCAAAUUAGGAAUGAGAAAAAAGUUGGAUUCAUCAAAAGACAGGUAGAAAGGACAAGAGACAAAAAAGACUUUCAAGAACCAACAGAUCCACUGUGGAAUGAACAGUGGGCUCUGCAUGCUACAACAAUACAGGAGUCUGAUUACAAUAUGAGAGUACUUGAAGCAUGGAUUCAAGGUUUUACUGGAGAAGGAGUCACUGUAGGAGUUGUUGAUGAUGGACUACAACGUACACAUCCGGAUCUGUCUGCUAACUAUGAUGACAACUCGAGCUAUGACUUUGUUAAUUACGACAGUGAUCCUUCCCCUUACUAUCAGUUCCCAUACUUUGAUAGUCAUGGGACAGAGUGUGCUGGAGUUGUAUCAAUGAGUAAGAGCAAUGGAUUGUGCGGCGUUGGUGUAGCUUAUAAUGCAAAAGUAGCAGGUCUUCGUAUCUUCUCCUCCAGUCACAAAGGGACAACUGACAGUCAGGAAGCGAAUGCUCUCAACUAUCGCUACCAGAACAUUGAUAUAUACAGCAACAGUUGGGGACCUGUAGAUAAUGGAUUUACAGUAGACGGACCAAAACUUUUGACGAGGCUAGCACUUCAAAUUGGCGCUGCAAAAGGUCGUCAGAAUAAAGGCAGUAUAUUUGUAUGGGCAGCUGGGAAUGGUGGAUCAAAGCAUGAUUCCUGUGCCACUGAUGGCUAUGUUAACAGCAUAUACACAAUAGCUGUAGGCUCAGUUGAUAGUCAAGGUAUACCAUCUUCCUUUGAUGAACGAUGCAGUGCAAAGAUGGCAGUUGCUUUUAGCUUCAAUGCUGGGACUGAUGAAGCUUCACAUAAUCCGACUACAACACUGACAAGCAGAUGCACAGAAUCAUUCACAGGAACUAGUGCCGCAACACCUUUACUGAGUGGUGUCAUAGCCUUAGCACUACAAGCUAAUCCUUUGUUGACAUGGCGUGACAUCCAGUACCUUAUUGCAUACACUUCAAACUCACAAGUACUAAUGAAAGAAGAAAAUGCAAGACUGUGGAUGACCAAUGGUGCUGGUAUGAGCGUCAGCUCACAGUUUGGAUUUGGAGUGAUUGAUGCUGAAGCAAUGGUAACAAGAGCAAGAGUAUGGACUAACGUUCCACCACAAUUGAUCACACUGAUUAUGCCAUCACUGACUACAAGGUAUAUUUCCAGUAAUUCAUCAAUGAGUAUUAAUUAUAGAGUAAAUCAAAGCACGCAGAAUGAUGUUAUGGGCUCAACCAAUAUAUCAUUCCUUGAACACGUGGUAGUUGUAGUCUCACUCAAGCUUUCCACCCCAAGCAAUGAAAACUCCUUUAGUUCUUAUGAUUACUAUGACAAGUUGUACAAUGAAGAAGCUAGUAUUGACAGUGUGCUCUAUCACAAUUCAUCAAGACGUGGUGAUAUCAAAAUCAUUCUUCAGUCACCUUAUGGAACACAAUCGACAUUAUUACCAUAUCGUGACAGAGACUUUGUUAACAAUGUUGGAUUCAAAAAAUGGUCAUUCAUGAGUGUGCAAUACUGGGGAGAGAAUCCAGUAGGUGAAUGGAAGUUGUCAGUGAGCUAUCGUGGAGCAGUUGGAAGUGUUACAGUUACUAAGAUCAGGAUUAAACUGUAUGGUACAAGCACUGUACCGGAAUCGGUCAGAAAGAUACCAGAGGCUUGCCCUGAUAGUUGCAAAAAUAAUCGCUGCUCAGAUCAAUCACAGUGUGAUACAUGCAAGCAACUCAGAGACUCCCAGACAUUAGAGUGUCUCACUGAAUGUCCCCAUAAUGUAAAAAGAAUUGGAAAUUACUGCAUUGGUAACCUCACAUCAGAGACAGUCACGCCUAGUCCUUCUUGUCAACAAGCAUCUCUUACAGAUAUGAAGCACAUAACAUCAGCUACUAACUGUAUCAGUAGUAGUAGUAGUACUAGUACAACUGUGUCUAGAUUGCUGGUUACCAAAACCCCAGUGAUAACUUCAAUCUUGGAUCAACCAAAACCGGAAUCCUUUAGUGGUUCACCAAUGAUGCAUGCAUCGUCUAUUACUAUUAUCCUUAUCCUCAUUUUUAUAAGUAUAUUUUUAUAAUCAAAUUUGUAAAAACAAUUAAUA